AGUAACGGUGGUGUUGAACACGGUGGUGGUGGGUCCAUUUGUGAGUUACGUGGUGGGAAAAGAAAGAAAAGUGAUGGCUUAUAGGCACAUGGGACUUGAGCGACAAAACCCAGACAGUGAGCUCCGCAUGCUAGCAUGUGUGCAUGGGCCACGCCACGUACCCACGCUACUAGGGAUCACUGCGUGGUUGAGUGGGUCAUGUAAGGCCCCGGUUACACCUUACUUGAUGCACCUUGUGGAGAUUACCGGGAAGGAACGAUCCAAUCUGUUGUAUCACCAAAAGGAAGAUGACUUGAGUGAUGAUGAAUGCUUUGGUGGGAAUGAUGGAAUGGAGAUCAACCAAAUGGUCGAUAUGUUCACAAGCGAGACGGGUGUACACAUGAACCAGAUCACGGCCGCAUCGACCCUAUCCACGGUUUAUGAGGAUGUUUGCAAUGGUGCGGAGGAUCUCACAAUAUCCAUCAUAUUGAUCCCCUUCCACAAGUACAUGCGCAUCGAUGGGAAGAUGGAGUGUGCGAAGGAGGGGAUCAGAACCAUCAAUCAGAAGGUACUUCGUCACGCUCCUUGCACCGUUGGCAUCCUCAUUGAUAAGGGGUUUGGUGCGUUUGGACCGACAUUACAAGCAAUGGGCAGCUUUGAUGCACAACAGCAGCCAUGCCAGAUGAUUGCGGUUUUGUUCUUCGGUGGGGUUGAUGAUCGCGAGGCCUUGGCCUUUGCUAGUCGACUUGUCAUGCAUCCUGAUGUUAAGUUAACGCUCGUUAGGUUCUUGUCCACAUCCACCAAUGAGUACAUUAAUGGUAUGGAGAUGGCAAUAACCAAAGAUGAGGAAGUUUUGAUGACCAUCCAAAGUCAUCAGAGUGAGAACGAUGCAGACCAAGAGUUUUUGGCUUCUUUCUAUAACAGGUAUGUGGCAACGGGGAAGGUGAAUUACACAGAGAUGACAGUGGCGAACGGAGCAGAUACAGUGGCGGUACUCCGCGAGAUGAAGGACAAGUACUCUAUGUUUAUAGUUGGGAAAGGUGGGAGAGGACUUUCCCCUCUAACAGUGGGGAUGAAUGAUUGGGAAGAGUGCCCUGAGAUAGGGGCCGUUGGAGACCUUCUGGCCUCUUCGGAUUUUGGUGCCACCAGCUCAGUUUUGGUUGUCCAGCAGCAUAGACGGACUAAGAAAGAACGCUUUGAGGACGAGUUCAUGGUGAUGUAGUUGCAAAGGAAUGGAGUUAGGUAUACAAUCUUGAUUAGAUUUUGUACUCAUCUACCUUGUAACAACUAAAUAGAGUUUAAUAA